CACACACACACACACACACUCACACUCACGUACCUUCCACCCGACAAGCCUAGCAUCCGUCCGUCACUUCUCCACCUGUUGUUCUUAUUACUGCUUUUAACCUUCACCGCUUAUAACCUUCCCCUAAGGACCCACUAUGCCCUCGCGCCCUGCUCCUCCCCAGCCAUGCGCUCAGCUCUUCUCCCCGCCAUGCGAAGCGAACAAAGACGCAUCGAUCCCGUAGAUGUAAACACGCGCUGGGUUCCUCCUUCCUUCCGCUAAACCUCGCCAGCUUCUCCUCGCUAUCAAGGCUCACCGUGGCUCUACCUGGCGCUCUCCUCCACGCUAAGAGCCUCCUAAGUGUGUAGGGAGAUGAGGAACGCACUGCAGAUAGCGAUAUGAGCCUCAGAACACCUCGCGUGAUGUGGUAUUCUUGGUGACCGGCCGCUGCGGAAGUCAGGAAAGAUGGUAUGAGAGAAAAUGAGAAGACAGCGGAGAGGCCAGCGUGCUCAUCCUUCCCCGGCCCCUAGUGUUCGUGUGACGUGCUCGCCGUGGAGGAUAACGAGCGUGGUGAUCCUUGGGUGCGUGUGAGGACCAGAGGGAGAGGCGAGAGUGGCAGGACAUCCGUGAGUGCCCGCAAGACCGUGUGCUGUGUUUAUCGGUGUCAGUGUGAAGGCCGCGAUGGGAGGGGAGCACACCACACUCACCCCGGCCAGCCGGGAUGCCAAGCAGUGGGUGGCUGACGGCGCUCACUAGACACUUUGCCCGUGCGCCGGAGCUCUCCCCAGCCCACGCCACGCUCUGCGGCCCGGCGGGAGGGAAAGGCGUCACCACCGCCUCGACUCCACGGCCAGCGGAUGAUGGCACCCCUGUCGGCCGCAGCCCCCUCAACCGCCCCACCACGCCCUGGAGCCUCGACACCCUGGACGAGGAGAUUCAGCGGACAGAGCAGAAGCAGGAGGGGAGUGGGGCUGCCGCACGACAUCCCGUCAAAACCCCUUCGCCCGACCCCAGCCAGCCGACGCCCAUCACCCACUACCACUACCACGCCGACACAGGUGAGAGUGACGUGCGGGACCUGCGCGUGAUGGAGGAGGAAGCCCUUCGCCCUACUUCGGCGCCCCGACCGUCCCGCCCGCCCUCAGCCACCUCCCGCCCGCCCUCCGUCGCCUCCCGCCACUCCACCCCCGUUCACCCCAGCCAGCAGGUCCCCGCCUCCCCGCCCUCAGCCUCCACCACCGCGCAGCUCCCGGCCCAGGUUGAGGAUCCGCAGGACUGGGCGGGCGAGGACGGCACGGAGGGGCGCGGCCACUACUACAUUCCCCCUGUUAUCCCGCCGCUGUUUGACCGCCCGCUGGCCGCCCCGACGCCCGUCUCCACGCGCUGCAACACCCCGCUCUGGGACCUGGACGGCGAGAAGAGAGUUCGAUUCCUGGAGCCUGAGGUGGUGGGGGAGACGCCCUCGCGCCCCGACAGUGUCUCCUCCCAGUACUCACACAUCGUCAAGAACUCCACGCGCUUCGCCUUCCAGCCGCAGCCGCCCUUGAGGGACGAGCAGGGAUCACACAACCCACGCUAUUGCAACUGCCCAUGCCACUUCCUCCCCAUCGGCCGGCGUAGCGUUGGCGUGCAGGUGAAGAGAACAGACCCCGAGCCUCCCCGCCCACGCCACUACCGCCUCUACUUCACGCCCACCACCCGAGGCCUGCAGGACGCCAACUUGGGCACCAGAUCCCUCGCCCUUGCCUCCCGCGCCCUCUUCUCCCAGGUGGGUCUGGUGGUGGUGGUGGUGGCGUGGUGGGUGGCGGGGGCGGUUGUGUUCUCGCGGGUCGAGGGCGCCGCCGAACACGAGACGGUGAGCAAGAUGGCAGAGCUGAGGACUGACCUUGUGCUGGGUCUAGCCACGGAGCUACGGCAGGUCUUGCCGUACGACGUGGUGUGGCGAACCAAAAUCGAGACCUACAUGGGCAGGAUGGAAACGGCGGUGCUGGACGCGGCUCGGGCGGGCUACGCUUCGAGGGCCCCGAUGUGGACUAUGGCGGGCGCCCUCCUUUACUCCGCCUCCCUCACCACCCUUGUAGGUCCUGGAGGCAUGACGCUACGGACGGGUUUCAGCAGAGUCUUCGCUGUUCUCUUCUCCUUGGUCGGCGCGCCCCUUGUCCUCCUCCUGGCCAUCAGUGGAGCCUUCACCAUACGGGAGGGCGUGGGCAAGGCUUGGGCGUGGAGGUGUGGGCGUGGGCGGCAAGGAAAGGUCGGCGAGAGUGUUGUAGUGGAGGGCAGAACUAGACAGUUUGAGGGCGAGCCACCGCCUGGGGCCGAGGGUGGCGGGGUCAGACCCGCUAGCUCCAGUUCCUCCAGCUCACCCAACGGCCCGAGGGAGAUGGCGUCGCGCGUCGGCGACAAACAGAAGUCCGAGAUACAGCAGCCGUCCCGCGUGCCCGCCCUGGACUCCACCCUCAGGUCAAGCAGCCUCUCCACGCCGCGGGACAGCGACCAGAGCAGCAGCGGUUCAGCCUCGGCUCAAAACACGCCUCAGUAUCGGCCAGAAAGAGGUGGUGGCCAGCCAACCGUGGGCGUGAAUCCCGCUCUUCAGAGACGCGUGGGUGUGGUUCCUCCCCGGCAGGCCCCGGCUCGGCGCGGCCAGAACGCCGCGCCCUGGGCCGUGUACCUGGGCCUGGUGGUGGCCUACAUCGUUCUGGGCCUCGCGGUGUUCGGGCCCAUCCAGCGGUGGUCGCUGCCGUCGUCGCUGUACAUUGUGGUCAGCACGCUUCUCACCCUGGACCACGACGCCCUUGGGGAGCGGCACUUGGUGGGCAGCAGCAAGGUGGUGGUCCCCUACGUGCUCUACAUGCUGGUGGGCCUCGUGCUCGUUGCCGCCCUCGUCAUUAGCGUGUGGUCCUCCCUCUGUGCCUCGCUGGUCACCACCGGCAAGUACCUGGCCGUGGUGCGGCCCACGCCCAGAUAACACCGCCCGUCACCCCGCACUUGGUUUCAUUGGGUUUGUAUGGGUUUCUACAUGGCGGCGGCGGGGUGACGGAAUCGCCGCCCGUUCCCGGCGCAGCCACAAGGGCUGAGACUGUCCUCAGAUAAAUAUUUCCUUAUAAAAUAUUUGAAAACGUAAUGAUUUUUUUUAGAUCCAU